UGCGUUCACUGGCUGGUUUGAAUGAAAGCAGUCCAGCAGGAAAAUCCGCCCCAACACACCCGCCUGAAAAACACCUUAAAGUAGGACACUGAGGCCGGGAGACACGAAGCUGUUUGUACUCUGAAAAGCUGCUAGAAUGAGUAAAAUUGCGAAGUUAUUCAAAGGGAGCUCCAGCUCCGGUUCUUCCAGCUCCUCGAAGUCCAAACACCACCGGUCCCGGGGAGGGCCUUCCCCGCAGGAGGCCAUCCACAAGCUCCGGGAGACGGAGGAAAUGCUGACCAAGAAACAGGACUACUUGGAGAAGAGGAUCGAGCAGGAGCUGAUGAUUGCCAAGAAGAAUGGCACCAAGAACAAGAGAGCCGCCCUGCAGGCGUUGAAGAGGAAGAAGCGUCUGGAGCAGCAGCUGACGCAGAUCGACGGCACCUUGUCCACCAUCGAGUUCCAGAGGGAGGCUCUGGAGAACUCGCACACCAACACAGAGGUCCUGAAGAACAUGGGCUUCGCUGCCAAGGCCAUGAAGCAGGUCCACGAGAACAUGGACAUAGAUAAGAUAGACGAUCUGAUGCAGGACAUCACCGAGCAGCAGGACGUCGCCCGGGAAAUCAGCGAGGCCAUCUCCGGACCUUUUGGAGAGACGUUUGACGAGGACGAGCUGCUGGCGGAGCUGGAGGAGUUGGAGCAGGAAGAGCUGAAGGACAACAUGAAGAGGAUGGGAGGAUUACCCAGCGUGCCGAGCAGCAAACUGCCCUCAGCGAGACCCAGCAGUCACAGAGCGACCACCAAGAAACGGGUCGAGGACGACGACGACAUGCGGAUGCUGGAAUCGUGGGCGACCUAAUCUCUCUGAGCUAAUUUACCUCUCUCUCUUUUUUAGCUUUAUUAGGGAAAAUGAAGAGCAUUAUAUCAUUAAGCUUUUCGGUUUAAAAGCCACUUUACAGGUGAUAUUUAUUAAGGAAUUAAGUGAAGGAUUAACAGAAGUUUAGAGGCGUUUCCUACUUUCUGUUGUUGUUGUUGUUGUUGUUUUACAGCUUGCACAGAAAACACCACAUUAAAAUGAAGAUAUGAGAUGUUUCUAGAUGUAAAUAAAGUCUGAUUUUGCAUAAAUAUUGUAAAUAAAAACCUUUGAUCAAUGAACUAAUCUCCUACAGUUUGCCGAAA